CGCAGGUCCUAGUCCGGAAACGAACCCAGCUCCACACGCUGAUAGUUUGGGACCAUGGAGAUGUGGAAGCAAAUAUUUUCACAGAAGAUGCAGCAGGUGCAGCCAGGGGACAAGUGGGCCCUUAAGCUAGAUGACAACCUGCAGCCCAAUGUCUUGGGGCCAGGAUGGAUGCAAUUCCUGCAGCAGCGUGCGUUCGGCAGGUUCCAGUGUUCCCAGUGCCAUCAUGCCUGGCAGUCCGCCCAGGUGCACGUGCUCUUCCACAUCCACCUGGACCGGAGGCAGAGACAGGGCCAGGUGAAGAUGAAAAUCUUCAGGCAAGAGUGCAAGAAAUGCCUCCUGGUCAUGCUGGAAGAGCCACAAUUCAGCCCCCGGCAUGUCAAGAGGGUGCUGGAUAGCCUGGGGCGGAAGAUACGCCAGAAGUGCUAUGGGGAAACUGCCCAUCCCAACAGUGUGCCCACCAUCGUUGCGGGAGACCCCACAAAGGGGCCGCACGACAGCACCUGCUGUGGACUGGGUGUUUGCAGCAUGAAACACAAAACGCAAACGCUGCCCGACGUGAUUGUUGGAUCCACUUGCACCCACCCCGACCAGUGGGAACAGACUGGGGUGGCAACGGGGGUAGGCAGCGGCUUCAGCUGGCGGCAGUGUUGUUGCUACAGCUGUUGCGUGCUGGCUAUUUCGGCCGUGCUCUUUUUGCUUCUGCUGUAUUUCACCCCCAAGAAGUAGAAAGCCGGCUCUCACGCUGGUCCCUUGAGCCACAGCUGCCAGAAUAAUUAUAGGUCAUUUCCAUAUAUGCAUGUGCAGGGUUGAAUGCAUUAUCGCACGCAUACAUUACAGAUGCUCACAGCUGCAGGCACCGCGUGUGCUUGAAACCUGUUGCUUGAAUCAUGUCGCCUGACAUAGCUCAUGUAGGGCUGUCUUAUGGCUCUCCUCACCGAGCAUCCCCAAAUCAUCUGAGGCUGGCACUAAAUAACCAACGUGCUAAAGAUGUAGCUAGCGUAAAAUAUGAGAGUGUGUAUUAGAUAACAGAAAGAAGGGAUGCAUAUGCCAGCAUUCAUCAGCGUGCCCGGAGAGGAGAAAAGACCUCCGGGCACCUGCGCUGUCCCAGACCGUGACAUCUCGUAUAAGUGCUGCUUUCCAAGGACCCGCUCCAGAAGUAGUUUUGACUGGUCCUGCACCGCGCAGGAGAGAAUGGGGGGCUUAACUCCCCCGUGGUGGUGCUGGCUUUGAAAGGAGACGGUAGAGACAGGCCCUAAUGGCUCCAUGUGCGGAUAUAGAGGCAUAAGUGCUGAGGCUUGGGUAAGGGGCCAGGAGGUGACAUUUGCACAUCGGAGCUUCAUUUGGAGACGGGUCAAGCCAAUAAAACUCGGUUAACUUGGUGAAUCACCUGGUGUGUUGUGCAGCUCGUCACCCGGAGUUGGGAGCACA